AUGUCAAACCCUUUCAAGCUAAAAGCUUUACUUAUCGAUCUGAAUGGAACAUUACAUCUAGGAUCUGAACCUACAAAAGGUGCAGUCCAAGCCAUUGAAAGACUCAGAAAUGCUAGGAUUCCAUUCAUAUUCUGCUCGAAUUCGACCAAAGAAUCAUCCGCUCAGUUAAUGGGUAAAUUACAGAAAAUGGGAUUCAAAGCUGAAAAAGAUGAAUUGAUCACUAGUUUAGGAGCCUGUAAACAGUUAAUAGAAGAGAAAGGUUACAAACGACCAUUCCUGAUGAUGUCAGAUUCAGCAAAAGAAGAAUUCUCUACAUCACCUUCGAACUCGACCUCGUCUGAAGUACCACAUGAUUCUGUGAUAUUGGGCCUACACCCACCUUCACUUUCUUAUGAUAAUUUGAAUCUUGCGUUUCGAAUAUUGAAAUCUGAACCUAUAUCUUGUUCCUCCUCCUCAUCGUCGUCGUCGCCGUCUUCGGGAUCAGGGGACGGUAAAAAAGCAGCAUUGAUAGCACCACAUAAAGCCAUGUACCAACAAUCACCGUCCACAUCAGAUCUACCAGCCGGUUUAUCAUUGGGCAUAGGUCCAUUCGUUACAGCUUUAGAAGAAUCAACAGGGGAGAAAGCAUAUAUAGUUGGAAAACCAACUAAACGAUUUUUUGAAUUGGCAAUUGAAAGAUUACAAUACAAGUGUCAAAUUGAAUUGAGGAAAGAGGAUGUGGGUGUUAUUGGAGAUGAUGUUAUCAAUGAUUUGGGUCAAGGUGCUAUUGACUUAGGAUUGAAAAGGAUUUUAGUGCGAACGGGUAAAUAUCGUUCUGGUUCUGAAAAAACAGAUAAUCCCCCUGAUAGAGUGUACGAGAACUUUGCGGAAUUCAUAGAUGAUUUACUAUAA